CUGCAGUCUACGUAGUCAACUUCCUUGUCGGUUGGAAAACAGCCACAGCUCAGUGUCAAUAUCACAUGUAUCAGUUCUCGGCGCAUGUGAACAAGAUCUCAAAUACACUCAGACCAGAAGACGCAUAGCUCCGAGUCGAACAACUUUGUCUCCAACAUCGACAACUGUGGCUUUAUUUAACCUAGUUUUUAUUAGAGACUUUAUAUAUUUUGUUAAAAUUAGUUGAAAUAAAAUGACUGAGCAAUCGGCCCUGCUUUUGCGAAAACAGCUAGCAGAACUCAACAAAAACCCAGUUGAAGGGUUUUCUGCUGGUCUUAUAGAUGAUGAUGAUAUCUAUCAGUGGGAAGUUGUAGUGAUCGGUCCUCAAGACACAUUAUUUGAGGGUGGAUUUUUUAAGGCUCAUCUCAUAUUUCCUCACGAUUACCCACUUCGACCUCCCAAGAUGAAGUUUAUUACAGAGAUCUGGCAUCCUAAUGUUGCAAAGAAUGGAGAUGUGUGUAUUUCCAUCCUACACGAACCCGGAGAGGACAAAUUCGGCUAUGAGAAGCCAGAGGAGCGCUGGCUGCCCAUUCACACCGUAGAGACCAUUAUGAUAAGUGUGAUCUCAAUGUUAGCAGACCCCAACAGUGAUUCACCAGCAAACGUGGAUGCAGCUAAAGAGUGGAGAGAAGAUCCCAACGGUGAGUUCAAGAGGAAAGUCGCCCGCUGUGUGAGAAAAAGCCAAGAGAUGGCAUUUGACUAAAGGCCCCAUCAUUAGUAUAUAUACCGUGGUAUCGGUUCCCAUCCGCAGAUCUUUAGGUUAAUCUCGAUAGAAAUUUCAUUUGUUUCCCUAUUUCUGUGUUGAUUUUAAAACCCAUUAAAAGUUUGUAUUAACUUAAUAGGUUUAAGUGAUGUGUCCAGUAAAAGUUUUGUGUGGCAAUGCUUCAUUACACAAAUCAAAUGUUUAAACAUCUCCCAGUCCACAUGAAUAGGAAACUUCCAGAUGGGGGCAGCAUUUAUUUUUUACAGAUUUGGCACCUGUUAAGAAGUUUAAAGCAAAGCCACCAUAGCAUUUUUUCCCUGUAUGCGUGAGUUAGCACGAUUUGUUAUUGUCAAUUUCCCCCUUCCUCUAGUGUGUCUGAAUUAUUUAUUAUCUUAAUUAUGGUGAUGUGUAAUGCAUGAUAUUUGAGUUUUGACUCGCUUUUUUAUCUGCCACUGAGCCAUCGAUUUUGAACAAAGUGUUUUAUGCAAUUCUGGAGUGUUUUCGUGCAUUUACGGUACCAGAGCUAGUGCUGAUUUCCCUCUUCGCUGACAUGUCAGACAGCCCUGCUCCCUUAAAAACAAUACCAUGGAUGUCUCUCAAUAAGGGUCAUCUCUAUCUCUGCUGCCUUAAGUUGUUGUCCUCACAGGAAAAUUGUAUUCAGUGAUGUCAAAUCUCAAUGUCUGUUCAGUUUUUGAGCUGGAAUCCUCUUUUGGACAAACCAAAAAGUUAGAUAUUUGCAUGAGACAGAGAAUAUUUUUUGUAUAAAGCUCAAAGGCUGUAUUUUUUGUGUAUGUAAAUAUGAUGUAUUGUACCAUAGCUAUACGAGUCGAGUCGUUUGUUGAUGUUCUCCCACACUUAGUUUGUAACCUUAUUUAGGCCUGUAGCCUGUUUUGUUCACUUCCGUUCUCAAAAGCCACAUCAUGUAAUUUGCUCAUUAAAAUGUAGCAUUUGUCUUACGUAUCUAA